AUGCUCUUCAAUUUUUCCACUUUCUUAUUCACUUUGGUGUUACUACCAUUCACGUUUGCUCAAUUUGGUGGAUUCUUUCAAGGUGGUUUCCCAUUUGGUGGACAUGGACCACCCCAUCAUCAAGAUCAACAACAGCAAGGUAUCAGGAGAGAACAUAGGGGCUGGAAUGAGAUGGAUAAUGUACACUGUAGAGCAGGUUACGUUUGUCCUUCUUCAUUAGCUUGUGUGCCUACUCCAGCAGAUUGUCCAUGUCCAUAUCCAGAGGAUAUCAAAUGCGUUAUACCUGAUAAGAGAGAAAGGGAUGAAGGUGAAGGUCCACCUUUUGUAUGUAUAAGAUCCGUCGGUGCUGGUGGUAUUAGUGGAAAUUGUGAUCAAGUGGUAGAAUUCGCUAAACCUAUAUGA